GGCCGGUGUGGACGGAGCUGGGUAGGGCGGGGGGAGGGGCCGGAGACCCCGCCCCUCGGUGCCAGGGGACUCGCGCUGUCCGGAGCAAGGGGUAUCGGCGGCGUGCGGACUGGGCUGCGGCGCAGUGCCCUCCGCAUCUCCUGGCGGACGGCGCUCCUGGGUUCCUUGACUAUCCAGCCGCCGCCCUCCGACCUCUCCUGGGGCCUGCAGAAAGCUAGCCCGUCCCUCCUAUUGCUUCCCCGGAACCAAGGGAAGAGUGGUCUAGGCCCCUUGAUUUUCCACAGCCUUUUCUUUCCUUGCUCUCAGAUUCCUCAAAAAUCCUCCCAGCAGGCACCCUGCCCCGGAGAGCCCCAACUCCUUCCAUCACCAACCUCUCCUCCAGCACAUGCAGACACCCUCACCCGUGAUCUUAUCACCUUUGGCCAUAUCACCUGUGAUCAUGCUAGGCUUUGGAGCCCUUCUGGUCUGUGGCUUUUCAGUUGUCUCUCUAACAGCUCCUGAGCUUCCUUCCCCUUAAGCUAGUGGCUGCUAUUUCCACUUGCAGAAUCCCGCCCUCGCUCCUAACAGCCAGUUGGGCAACUGUUCUCAGCACUACCCUUUCCUCAGCAGGAGUAGAUCAUCUGCUCCUUGACUGCAUGACUAAAAGUUUGUUAAUUUCUGUGCCAUGAGAAAUCACAGUACAUCCAUGCAAUAGUUUAUCUUUUCCUCCUGAGCAUUGGAUGCUCUUAUCUCAGGCACUUUAAUGACCUGUUUACCUUGGUCUUCCUGCUGGCUCCCCUACCGGAAGCUCUUAGGUCCAGCUCUUCUUGAAUCACUUUGGUCCCGCUGGUUCAGUGCCAUAUCCUGGCUCAUACUGAGAGACUAGGCUUAGAACUGUUGCUUUUUCUCUGUCCUAACUCUGCAGGUUAUACCAAGGGCAGCAACACUCAGAAGUCAUAAGGAAUGUAGUGGAGUCUUUCAUCCCUCCUCCCUCCUCCCAGCUUCUCUUCCAAGCUGCCCCAGGAUCCAGAAAGCCCCUUCAAAAAGGUGCUGGGAUAGCCAUGGCAGGCUUGUUGGUGAGAAGUGGGUAACAGCAGAGCAGUUAGUGUUUCUGGCCAUUUGUCUUGGCUAUACGCCUUUUGUCUCUGUCCAUAAACUGUAUUGCAGUAGACACUUCAUGAGCACAGCAGGGUUUACUACAGUGUGAGGGACUCUUGGGCAUUACAUUUAUAGAUGAGGUCUUAGUCUGCAGUGGAAAUCUUCCUCCUCAGAUUCUUCUGGUUCCACAGGCAGGGUGCUAUCCUUCCUCAUUUAUUCUAUGCAAGGGGACCUUGGACAAAGCAGAAAAAAGCCACCUAGACCCAGAGCAGAGAGAGCCUGACAGGAUUGGAGAAGAGAGCAAAGGGAACAAGGUGAAGGUCACCUAAUAGAUCCCACUUAGAAGUUUGUUCACCUCUCAGGAGAUUUCAUUGAAGAGUCUUAAAUCUAGAGACAACCAGAUUUGCCAGGAGACUUCACUCUGGUGAUGCUAUGGCUGGUCCCUUGGGAGAAACUCCUUGAGGUGUCCAGGUUGAGUUGGGGUGAUGCCAGUGUGAAACCUAGAUGCUGUGAAACCACCCCAGAACCAGGAAAUGGCUACAGCCUUGGAAACAGAGGACCAGGAUCUUUGGGAAGAAGAGGGAAUUCUGAUGGUGAAACUGGAAGAUGAUUUCACCUGCAGGCCAGAGUCUGUCUUACAAAGGGAUGACCCUGUGCUAGAGACCUCUCACCAGAACUUUCGACGUUUUCGCUACCAAGAAGCAGCAAGUCCUCGAGAAGCUCUCAUCAGACUCCGAGAACUCUGUCAUCAGUGGCUAAGGCCAGAGAGACGGACAAAGGAGCAGAUCCUAGAGCUGCUUGUGCUAGAGCAGUUUCUCACUGUCCUACCUGGAGAACUGCAGAGCUGGGUGCGGGGCCAGCGGCCAGAGAGUGGCGAGGAGGCCGUGACACUGGUGGAGGGUUUGCAGAAAGAGCCCAGGAGACCAAGGCGGUGGGUAACCGUCCAUGUUCAUGGCCAGGAAGUUUUGUCAGAGGAGACAUUGCACCUGGGGGCAGAGCCUGAGUCACCCAGUGAGCUAAAGGAUCCAGCUCAGACCUCAAGCCCUGAGCAAUCACAUGAGGAAGCCAACCAGAGCCCAGAUCAGGGGACACCAGAACGGCAGAGCCUGCACUGUGAAGAGGAGCUCCAGCCCCUGCAGGAGAACGAGGUUCCAGUGCUCCAGGACCCAGACCCUCCUGCAGAGAGGCGCUCUGGAGACCCAGAGAUGGUUGCCCUUCUGACUGCUCUGUCACAGGGACUGGUAACGUUCAAGGAUGUGGCUGUAUGCUUCUCCCAGGACCAGUGGAGUGAUCUGGAUCCAACACAGAAAGAAUUCUAUGGAGAAUAUGUCUUGGAAGAAGAUUGUGGAAUUGUAGUCUCUCUGUCAUUUCCAAUCCCCAGACUAGAUGAUAUCUCCCAGGUUAGAGAAGAAGAGCGUCAGGUCCCAGAUAUCCAUGAGCCUCAAGAGCCUGAAGAGCCAGAAAUCCUGAGUUUUACCUACACAGGAGACAGAAGUGAAGAUGAGGAGGAGAAUGUUGGGCAAGAAGUUCUCACCUUGGAGGACGUGCACAGGUCUAAUUUGGGAGAUCCAGAAAUCCACCGGACUCCAGAUUGGGAAAUCGUCUUUGAGGAUAACCCAGAUAGAACUAAUGAAAGAAGAUGUGGUACAAAUAUUUCUCAAGUUGAUAGUUUCUUGAAUCUUCAGGAAACCAUCCCUGUCCACCCCUUGCUAGGGAAGCAGCAUGAGUGUCCUGUGUGUAGGAAAAACUUCACAUGUAACUCUCACCUUAUUAGGCACCUGAGAACUCACACAGGAGAGAAGCCCUAUAAAUGUAUGGAGUGUGGGAAAAGUUACACACGGAGCUCACAUCUUGCCAGGCACCAGAAGGUUCACAAGGUAAACACUUAUAAAUAUCCCCUAAAUCAGAAGAAUGUGGACAAGACCUCUCCACUGAACCAUGGUGAGAGAACACCAUCUGUGGAGAAACCCCAUAGAUGUAAUGAUUGUGGAAAACAUUUCCGCUGGACUUCAGACCUUGUUAGACAUCAAAGGACACAUACAGGGGAAAAACCUUUCUUCUGUACUGUUUGUGGCAAAAGUUUCAGCCAGAAAUCUGUGUUAACCACACACCAAAGAAUCCACCUUGUAGGCAAAUCCUACUUGUGUGGAGAGUGUGGAGAGAACUUCAGUGACCACAGGCGGUAUCUGGCACACCAAAAGACACAUGCAGCUGAGGAGCUCUACCUCUGCAGCAAAUGUGGGCGCUGCUUCAACGACAGCACAGCAUUUGCCAAGCACCUGAGAGGACAUACCUCAGUGAGGCAGUGCCGGUGCACUGAAUGUGGAAAAAGCUUCAGUCGGAGGGACCACCUGGUCAGGCAUCAGCGCACACACACUGGAGAGAAACCAUUCACCUGCCCUACCUGUGGGAAAAGCUUCAGCAGAGGAUAUCACUUAAUCAGGCAUCAAAGGACCCACUCAGCAAAGACCUCCUAGCGAGGUACCCAUGUGAGAAGAUCUUCAUUCAGCCAUCACCCAGGAUGGGACAAGAGAAGCUCUUGGGCAGCCUGGGAAGCCCUUUCCUAAGGUGUCUCCCAGACCUGCCAGACCUUACAGCACCUCUUCCCACCACCAAAUAAAAGCUUCAAGCAGAACCUCUAACCCUGUUCUGCGCCAUGAGCUGAUGGUUUUCCCAAGGUAUAACCUGAAUUGAGGCUUCUUCUUCACUGAAGUACUCCUGCCUCUACCUCAUGGGUGUUAAAAUAGAAUUAGAUGACUGAAGAGAUUGUAGUCACUCUUAUUUUCCAAAUAAAUAGACUGUUACAUAUCCUCAAAACUACUUACCAGCCUCAUGUUUAAAGUGGCCAAGGACAGCCCCUUAGGUCUGGAAGGGACUGGCCUGAAGGGUUCUGUCAUUCCUGGGCUCAAAUCUUAAAGCACACAGCCGUGAACUCGAGACAGGAGAUUUGCAUCCUGGUGACUUUGCCAUACACAGGAUAGCGUACAAAUCCUUUACUGUCUGACCCACUUCUUUACCAUGCACUUUCCUUUGAUGCUAGGGAGAGAUGGGAGGAAAGGGCAAACCCCUCACAGCUGCUUUAUAUGUACCUUGGCAAGCUGCUCUCAUCUCCACUGUCAAAAUGGUAUCAGAUGCUGGCCAUUGCCAGAAUGGAAGGCCUGGUCAGAAGCCUUUUUCCUUGUGGGCAUUUUUUUAUUUGUGUGUUUGUUUUCCUGCCUUUAGCCUUCUUAUUAUUCAAUAGUCUUAUUUUGUCCCUAGCACUUCUACUGUAAGUGAGAUGUAGAACUUGAGGGAUUCCAUAAAGCAUAAUUAAAUCAUGAUGAAAUCAUCUACAUUCCCACGUGUGUAUAAGCCCAUGCCCCAGACAACUCGCCUUCACAUGGUUUGUGUGAAGGGAUUUGGAACAGUGUCAUCAUAUAAAGGCUCUGUAACAUUUAUAGAAUUGUGAUUGUCUGAUCACUUCAUUUACUUGAAGAAAAGUGGAGAUCUAAGAUUACACUAUAGAAAAAUAGGGAAAAGCUGUUGCUGCUGGCCAAACCAUCAGGACUACUCAUAGUCCCCAUCAUCCCUGCCUCAUUUCCCUGAUGUCGGGAAAUGAUGAACCCUAUCACCUGGGGCGCUGUGGAGUCACAGGAGUAAAUGGCUCUCAUCUGUAUUGUUUGCUUUUUCUUAUGUGAUUUUAUUAGUGUGUAACAAAGAAAUAGUAUCUCCUCAUGGCCCAAAGGUCUCUUUUGCCUGUUCAAGGUUCCAUGGAGAGGAGGCUGAAUAAUUAAUGAACCUCACCUGCUCUGUUUGUGGGAGUGGCAAGGACUGGAGAGUCUUCCUCCAUAAAUGGAGCACAGGGUAUGGAAAUAAAGCAUGAGAAGGGAGACAGUCUUCUGUGCCUGGUUUCUUCUGCUUAUUUCACAAUCCACUGUGUGCUGUUGUACACCAGAGGAAUGUAGUGGGUUAACAAGACCCCAGCCCUAACAGUCCAACAAGGAAGUUCUCAUUUGGGCCAGUAAUGAUAUUCUGAUAGACUGGUUUAGUUUUAAUACCAGCCAUCCUUCUGAAGUAAUACUAGCAAGCAAGUUCCUUACCUUUCAAGCACCUUCCAUUUUAUCCAUUCGCUUUCCAAGACAUCGGGAUUCCAAUGCUUCUGAAGAUCCAUCUUAUAUAGAUCUAGGAGUACAGAGUAGUUUUUCCAUGAGGAUAAUGAAGGCUUGGAGUGGUUAGUGUCACAGGUAGAACAUACGUGGACACCAAGACCCAAUCCUGGAGUUUGCAGAAGAGGUAGGCAUUUCACAGUUUGUGCUGGGAGAAAUGUCAGCAUCAGAAGAUAAUUUCUCUUACCUCAUACCAUUUACAGAAGCUGAUGGAAUGCUGAAGGUGACAGAAUGAAUAGACUUCUCUCUCCUUAAACUGCAUGAUUGCAAUAAGAAAAUCUUAUUAAGAGAUUUCUACAUAAGGGAAAAGUUUGAAGAGACUGGUCAAAUUUUUGGAACAUUAAAUACUACAAUACUUCUAUUGAUGAUCCCCUGGAAAAUUUCAUAUGCUGACACUAAAGCUCUCGUCCCUUUUGUAAGUCAUUUUCUGAGGUUCCUGGAAAAAUGUACCAUCUCCCAAAUCUAAAAAUAAGACAGUUUGCAGUAGCAGGGAUUGCAGAAAUCUAGAGGGAUGCAAUGCAGCUGACGCAGGGAGGUGGAGCCAGAAUUUUAGAACACAUUCUUACAGCAUUUAACAUAAUUGUUAAUUAUAUGCUGCCGCAAAGUCUUAAAAUAUUGAAGGAUGGGUAUGAUAUAAAAGUUCUCUAUCAACAAAACAUAUUAUUUGGAAAUAAAAAUUACCGUGUUUGGAGACUUUAAAAUGCCCUUAAAUCUUGGAUCAAGAAGAGAUCAGAAUAAACAUUUUCUAACUCUUCGAACUAACAUGAAAUGUAAAUAUGUGUCAAAAUUUGUAGGAUGCAGUGAAAAUGAUACUUAGGAAAAGCUUCAAAACUAAUGGGCUGAUUUUUGACUUAAAAUGUUAAACUAAAAAUGGAAAGUGGGUAACUGAAGAAAUUAAUAGCAAAAAUAUACAGUAUGUUAAACUAAAAGUUGCUUCUUUCAAAACACAACUAAACCUCUGUCAGUAUUGAUUGAGAUGGAAUUAUAGAGACAAUGACCAAUUAAGCUACAGGGUGAAUAAUAUAAUCUAUUGAUUUUAUGAAGCAAAAAUAGUGUCUCAAUGAAAAUACAUGGCAGCAGUAACAACACGGAGAGUAGAGUUAAAAUGUUCUAUGGUUCAGACAUUGAAAAAAGGGUUAAGUCCUGUUCUCUUCGACAAGAAUAAUAAAAGAUAAAUAUUUUUUGA